AUGUCAUAAGUGGUCAUAAGUUUUGAUUUGUCGUGUUAUCUUUUGUGUUUGGCCGUUAUCGUCAAUUUUCUUUAUUAUCGAUAAAUGUUAAUACAUCGAUUGGGGAAAAAUCGUCCAUUGCUGUGUCAGAUAUCCGGCAGCGAUGUCGUGUGAAUUUAGAGAAUUAUGCCUCGUCGCUUCUGGGGUCUAAGAAGGUUGAUAAGAAUGCCUUUAACGGAGGCUGGGGACCAAUAUUCAGUAUGGGUGGGUUUAAUUUACGUUUUCAACCUGAUUGUUGGGACGGGGGCGCUCACACUGCCAGCUGCGUUUGCCCGAGCUGGAUGGGGUCUCAGCACCAUAUCCCUGAUGUUCCUGGCGUUCAUGAGCUUCCUCAACGCUACCUAUGUCAUAGAGACGAUGGCCUGCGCUAACGCUGUGUUCAAGUGGAAGAGGCUGCAGACUAUCAAGAGGGAAAGUAUACAAGACCAUGAAUCGGAUGAAGAUCCAUCAACGUCUCAAAACAAUCACGGUGACUUAGAAGAGCCUCUAGUUUGCGGUGACAACAUCCCUUCUCGCUACUACAGUUUAGACAGACGAGUGGAACUGGGGGAGAUGGCCAACCUGUUCUUCAACAAGAUCGGUAGAACAACCUUCUAUUGUUCCCUGUGCAUUUAUUUGUAUGGAGACCUAUCUAUCUACUCUGCAGCAGUUGCUAAGUCUGUCAUGGAUGUGGUUUGUACCCCAAUCCCUCCGAACAUGACGGACUCCAAACUCUGGGAUGAGCUGCCUUGCUUCAACAUAUCCUCCACGGACCGCACUGGGUAUACCCGGUUCGACACGUACCGGGUGGCCUUGCUGACGUUCGUGGCAGCUAUGGGCCCCUUCGUUUUCUUCAAUGUGCAGAAGACCAAGUAUUUGCAGCUGUUCACUUCUGGCAUGCGGUGGUUGGCGUUCACGAUAAUGAUCUCAAUGGCGAUUCACCUGCUAGUGGGUCGCGGUGCGCAGGGCCACCCGCCGGCCUUCGACGUGACGGGCUUGCCCACGCUGUUCGGCGCCUGCGUCUACUCCUUCAUGUGCCAUCACUCGCUCCCAGGCCUCAUCGCCCCCAUCAGGGGUAAAUCACGCCUCGGCCUCCAUCUCUUCUUCGACUACGCCAUCAUAGCGAUGUUCUACCUCCUCCUAGCUUUCACCGGAGCGUUCGCCUUCGCGCACCUGAACGACCUCUACACACUCAACUUCAUUCCCGCAGAUAACGACAACAUAUUCUUAGAAGUCGUAGAAUAUUUCCUCGCCUUGUUCCCAGUGUUCACUCUCUCUACCAGUUUCCCUAUCAUUGCUAUAACUUUGAGAAAUAAUUUACAAAGCUUGUUCUUAGAUACAACGAGAUUGGAAUCGUAUAAUUUCGUUUUAAGAAAAGUUCUGUUUCCUAUAAUCACGGUUGUUCCCCCAGUAUUGCUAACGUAUUUCUUAGAGGAUAUAAGUAUAUUAAUAGAGUUUACGGGUUCGUAUGCUGGGACGGGCAUCCAGUACUUCAUACCGACAUUCUUGGUAGUGUCCGCGCGGCGCCACUGUACGAACCUGCUAGGGUUAGGCGUAGUCAAUAAGUAUAAAAGUCCAUUUUCACAUGUUGCGUGGGCUAUAUUUGUCCUGCUAUGGUCAUUUAUGUGCAUUAUCCUAGUGUCAGUAAACAUUUUUGAGAAGAGUUUAUGACAUUAGAGUCUAUAUGUUAAGAAAUCUGAUUACGCAUCUAUAUGAAGUGUUUCAUGUAAAAUCCAGUGAGGUAUCAAUAAUUUUACAACUUUUUAAUUAUUAAGAUUUUGAAGCAUAUUUUCCCUCAAUAAAUUAUUCAAAAUUAAAACGACAAUAUGCAAUGUGUUCAUAUCUCUUCCCUGAUGUGUGUGUCAGUAAUCAAGUUUUCAUUAACAAUUUUUCACAAGUAUUGCCGAUAGCAGAGUCUUGUGUAUUUUUUAAUCAAUAUUACUAUUUGAAACAAUCGAUGCAUGGACACUAAUUUUUUAUUCAUAAAAUAAGUAAAAUUAAAAAAAAUAAACUAUGCAUAACGUGCGCUGGCGCUCAAAAGUGCAUUUAAUAUUAAUAAUCAAUUAGGUAUGUAAUGUCAAUGUUUAUAAAAUAAUAAUUCAUUGAAACGUUAUCGAUAUAGUAAAAAAUAUGUGUAGUAAAUGGAUGUUAUAAUAUCUUGUCAAUCCGUCAAUUCAAUUUGCAAAAAAUAGUUAAUUAAAAUAUCUAAAGUGCUGACAAUUAUGUCAUAUUGCGUAAAUAGCGUAAGCCUGAAAUGUUUUACCCUUUGCUACUCUAUAGAUAAUAACAUUCUAAUAUACUAGAUAUUUAACUAAUUGUGUAUUCGUAAUGAAAUGUUACCUUAUACCCAAAGACGAAGUCAAUUUCGUUCCUCUGUAAGUAGGUAUAUUACUUACAAAAUAUAUUUUUAAACACUUACUUAAGAACGCUUUUAUGAUUCUAUUAAAAUUAAAAUAAAUAAAUGCACAAGUAUGAAGCUAAUAAUUAUAAUGAGGCUUUUAUCGUUGUUUUUAUUGUUGCAUCUACUAUUAUAUUGCUUUGGCUAUUCACUGGUUAUGUUAUAAUAUAAUUAAUAAUACAUUAUAAUUUAUUAAGUAUUUUUUGCCUUUUUAAUAUGCUGUAGUUUAUAAUUGUGAUUCCUGAUAAAUUAUAUUGGACAUGGACUACAUGACAAAUGUGCGGGCAUGAACAUUUUUGGUGUUCCUUUUUUUAUUGUAAAACGUAAAGUAUAAUUUAAAUAAAGUUAAUACUUACUGUAAAGUGUAAUUCAUUAAAUUCACUCCAAUGACAAUACUUUCAUGUCUCUCUGUUUGUAGUUAAAAGUUGUUUCGUGUAAUUAGGUAGCUAUUUUUGUACUUUGAUUUUGAAUGCUAAAUGGUGCCAAAUCAUAAACGAUUUAUUUUUAAUUUUUUAUUUGUUGUAUUUAAUAAUUGCAUGUUUAUUGUGAUAAAUAAACCAUUUUAAAGAAAUAUAUUGUAAAUAAAGUGGAAUUUAUGUAUCGACUGACUAUUAAUUUAUUAGAAGUACAAAAUAUUUUUUUACAAAAUAAAUUACCCGCUCGUGUUCACAAA